AUGUCGUCUUCAGCAGACAUCAGCUUACCAAGCGACCCCAACUCGCCAGCAAUUGCAAGGCCUUCGACGCCACCUGCUCAAACACCAAUCUCACUAGACGAAAGCCCGGUACCCGAAUACAAUAACAGUAUGGCCUCACCGCCACUCACCGUUGACUCACAGCGCCCUUCCUUCUCGCCAGCCGAUUGUCGCACCCUCCAGAAGAUACUGCAUGACGUACGCAGCCCUUCGCCUCUUUCCCCAACACCAUACUUUAGUGAUAAACCAGCGAACCGGUUGAGCCUGACAGUAACGCCUAAUGGUGACGCCGAUGAGGACAGAGUCAGCUGUGAAGGUGCCGAGUUGGCUCGCGGCGACGAACGACAGGAUGGUUACGAAGAUGAAGACGACAGUAUGGAGCUGAGGGAUGGCGAAGAUGCUAUUGAAGCAGAUGAAGAGAACAGCAACACGAUCGAGGAUGUCAUGAAUCUGCCUGACAAGACGGUACCGCCCGUACCGGUUCAUGACUACAGCAGCUUCUAUGUCCACGAUGAGCCUCUGUCGGAUGGAGCCGGAGAGCUAGGGCUUCGUCAUGCUUCGAUUGAGAGAGACUUGGCAGAGCAAUGCCGGCAACAAGAGAGCGCACAAACAGUUGCUACGGCAGAUUGUAUCUAUGAUGCUGAUGUGCCGAUCGAUGGCAUACCGGAUGACACACCGGCUAUCGAUGAUAGUCAUGAUCUCAUGGCCCUUCAAGAAGAUGUCUGCAUGCAUCCAGUAGAGGAAGAGCGAGCAGUCGCUGUUGCUACGCUUGAUUCUUCCGAAACCUACAGCGAUCAACGUCGAGCGUCCGUCUCAUCAAGCAACGUCCGCCAAGCUUCAGAGGUCUCUCUAGCAGCGUCAACGGCCUUCAUCAGCUUUCCAUCUCCCGCCUGCGCCGUGAUUCAAACCCCCAAUAGCAAGCACAUCGGCUUCGCAACCUCCGUCUCCACCCCAGAUACGUCUUUAGACAACAGACUCAGCUACUUCGAGGCACAAGAAGGCGAGAGCGUUCCGCCAUCUAAACAACAACGUAACAUGUCUUCAAUAGAGAAGAUUGCCAAGCUUGCGCGAGAGGCCAGAUUGGAAGAGGAAGAAGCAGCGGAGCAGAGAAAACUGUUAGAGCUGGAUCAGUUUAGGGACAUCGAUCUUGCGCCUAUAGAGACGGUCAUGGAGGGCGGACCAGCAGGAGACUUGAUCAUGUGCGGAACUCCUGUGAAGGCGAAAGAUGAAGAGCUGUUCUUGCAAAGGCCAUCUGAUACAUCCGACUCCGAGAUCGACGAUUGGGAUCAUACACAACCCUCGAAAUCCUCAAUUCCUUCACCCCGUCGCCAUGCUUUACUCAUCGAACAGGACGAAGAGAACGAUGCAGAUGUUGAGGAGUCAGAUACCGGCUCCAGCUCGGAACGGCAGCAGCUCGCUGUCUUUUCUAGACAACCUACUUUCAUUACCGUCAUUGGUAUGCUUCCAGCGGGGAUGUUCUGGGCCACAAUUGCACCAGCCAUUGAGGGUAGUAGUAAGGCAUUCGACAUGCUCAUCGAGAAAUUGACCGGAUUGAAUGUGUAG